UGUGUGCAGGUCUGACCCUCAUCCCCGUCUUGCAGGCUGUUUCGACGCCAGGACCCCCUAAGAGACGAUGAUGUUGGGCACCGAAGGCGGCGAGGGACUCGUGGUGAAGGUCCAGGGCUUGCCUUGGUCUUGCUCGGACGACGAAGUGCAGCGGUUUUUUUCUGACUGCAAAAUUCAAAAUGGGGCUCAACGUGUUCGUUUCAUCUACACCAGAGAAGGCAGACCGAGCGGCGAGGCUUUUCUUGAACUUGAAUCAGAAGAUGAAGUCAAAUUGGCCCUGAAAAAAGACAGAGAAAGUAUGGGACACAGAUAUGUUGAAGUAUCCAAGUCAAACAACGUUGAAAUGGAUUGGGUGUUGAAGCAUACUGGUCCACAUAGUCCUGACACGGCCAAUGAUGGCUUUGUACGGCUUAGAGGACUCCCCUUUGGAUGUAGCAAGGAAGAAAUUGUUCAGUUCUUCUCAGGGUUGGAAAUCGUGCCAAAUGGGAUAACAUUGCCGGUGGACUUCCAGGGGAGGAGUACGGAGGAGGCCUUCGUGCAGUUUACUUCACAGGAAAGAGCUGAAAAGGCUCUAAAAAAACACAAGGAAAGAAUAGGGCACAGGUAUAUCGAAAUCUUUAAGAGCAGUCGAGCUGAAGUUAGAACUCACUAUGAUCCACCACGAAAACUUAUGGCCAUGCAGCAGCCAGGUCCCUAUGACAGACCUGGGGCUGGCAGACGGCAUAACGGCAUUGGAGGAGGAGCUGGCUUUGAAAGGAUGCGGCAUGGUGCUCACGGUGGAGGUUAGGGAGGCUAUGAUGAUUAUGUCUAUAAUGAUGGCCAUGGAUUUGAGUCAGAUAGAUUUGGAAGAGACCUCAAUUCUUGUUUUUCAGGAAUGUCAGAUCACAGAUACGGGGAUGGCGGCUCUGCUUUCCAGAGCGCAACAGGACACUGUGUACACAUGCGGGGAUUACCUUACAGAGCUACUGAGAAUGACAUUUAUAAUUUCUUUUCACCACUCAACCCUGUGAGAGUACAUACUGAAAUUGGUCCCGAUGGCAGAGUAACUGGUGAAGCAGAUGUCGAGUUUGCAGCUCAUGAAGAUGCUGUGGCAGCUAUGUCAAAAGACAAAGCAAAUAUGCAGCACAGAUAUGUAGAACUCUUCUUGAAUUCUACAGCAGGAGCAAGCGGUGGUGCUUACGGUAGCCAAAUGCUAGGAGGCAUGGGUUUGUCAAACCAGUCCAGUUAUGGCAGCCCAGCCAGCCAGCAGCUGAGUGGUGGUUACGGAGGCGGCUAUGGUGGCCAGAGCAGCAUGAGUGGAUAUGACCAAGUUUUACAGGAAAACUCCAGUGAUUUUCAAUCAAACAUUGCAUAGGCGGCCAAGGAACAGUGAACAGCUACUACGGUAGUGGA